AUGGCAGGCGCACUUUCAGACGAUUGUGUUGAUACACCCCAAGAGAAGGAAAACACCGCGACAAAUCUGAUCUCCAAACUAGAUGAAGGAGCCAGCCAGAGCGCCUUGUCUAUGCGCCGUUACGUGCCAGUUGCAGAGGGACUUGACGUGGAAGACUUCGCAGGAUACAAGCAGGGGGGAUACCAUCCCACACAUAUCGGCGACACCCUAGAUAAUGGUCGAUUCCGCAUCAUUCACAAAGUUGGCUACAGUAGCCGUUCCUUUGUCUGGUUGGCGCGUGAUCUCUGGCAGGAAUCGAAGCUGGUAACCAUCAAGGUCCUAAUCGCAGAGAUAUCUAGCCAGUGCAAGGAGGAUAGAAUCCUGGCCUUACUGCAUUCAGAAGAACAUGGAGUUGAAAACAUACAUGUGCCGCGACUUUUGCACAAAUUCACGAUCGUUGGCCCCAAUGGCACCCACGUCUCUCUCGUGCUCCCGCUCAUCGGGCCUACCAUAUCUGAGUAUUCGGACGCCCAGGUGAAAGCUGGCCUUUCGCCAUAUUUACCAAGCGUCACGGCAGUAGAUUUCUCUCGACAAAUAGUGGGAACGCUCGCCCACCUGCAUUCAUGCGGGAUCACACAUGGAGAUUUAAAACCCCAGAAUAUUUUAGUCAGUCUUCGCCGUUUGGAUGCACUCUCAGAUCAGGAAAUAUACUCCUAUCUUGGGAAACCAAGACAGGAGCCAUUGCACACCGCCAACGGAGAACCCGCGGGCCCAUCAGCCCCAAAAUAUGGAGUGGUGAAAGCAAAUCUGGCUGACUUCGGUCUCGAAUAUCUCACAGAUACAGUAAACAUCGCCGACUUUUUAGACGCUUUUUCUAUUGCUUCACCUUCCGAGACUCUCACCACGACACUGGGUUAUGCUGCUCCAGAGACCCUGCUAGAACAUAAGAUCAGUCGCUGUUCUGAUGUGUGGUCGUUGGGUUGCACGCUGUUCGAAAUUCGCUUCCUACACCAAUUAUUCCCCACUUGUAACGAUUCAAGGGAUAUCAUGCUUCAAAACAUGGUGAAAACGCUGGGUAAACCCCCGGAGCAUCAGUGGCAACAUUGGGAGAAUAGGGGGGAAUACUUCCUAGACAACGGAGCCUUCGAUGCCUGCGCGAAUGGGCGUUCUUUGCUCGGCAAAAGAGUCCAUAAUCGCACAGCUCAGAGCCACGCUAUAGGCCUAAUAUCUGAGGACGAGUCAAAGUGUUUUGAGGACCUCCUCUGGAGAAUGCUGCAGUAUGAACCAACGGACAGGAUUACCGCCGUAGAGGCGCUGAAUCAUCCCUGGUUGCGAGGAGAAUUUUCAGGACGCGCAUGA